AUGUCGGAGCCAUCGCAGAACAGCAUGUCCGGGUUGAACCCCAUGAACGCAGCCUUUCAGGAUCCCACCACCUCCCAAUAUUCGUCGGGUGGGACGCGCAGCGACCUGAGCGAGUCAAUCGGUUCGGGUACGAACGCGCUGCUUGACACGCCCGUUGACAUGGGCAGGAAGAUGGCUGUGGGCGACCCGAAGCCGAGUUCGGACGCGCAAGGAGGCGCGACAUACGACCCUGCAUCACAAAUGACUGCACAGUCGCGGUAUGGCUCACGGAGGGAUGCGGACCUGGAGGAGGCGAAGAAGCUGCCAGGAGCGGAAGGGCCAACAGUGAAAGGCAACAAGUCUGCUGUCGAGGAUAUCAAGCAAGAGGUUGGCUACGUCGAGGGUCAGCUCGGCAGUGUAGCUACACAGACAAGGAACUAG